AUGUCAGCCUCCGCUGCGCCAGCAAAUACCUCACGGUCGCGGACCCAGGCGCGAAAAAAGGUCAACGAUGACGCCUCCUACUUUGGUCCACCGUCCACCAAUGGCCCAUCGGGCACGAAGAGACAGGCGGCAGACAAGGCCGACACCCCUGUAAAGAAGGACGUCGUUGAGAACGAUCCGCGAAAGUCCCUGGUCGACUUCCACAAACUGUCGAUAGCCACACUUCACCGCUACAUGAUCCAGUUCGACAUCAUUCCUGGUGUCUACCCUUCUCCUCUAUCCCCGGAAGACCCCCCUGCACCCCCAACCCUCUGCGACCCCCAGCGCCAACCAUCUCGCGGACCCAGUCCCCCAGCUUUAACGCCCGCGAAUAGGCCACGACGUGACCCGAAAGAGGCGCAGAACCGCCGAAGAAGUUCGCGUCUCGUCGAAGAGGAACCCAGAUCACGCACACCCAUCCUCGCCGACGUUGUUGAACUGCACAGCGUGCUCGCCACAAUCGUUGAACGACAUUUUAGGGAGGUGAACUCGAUUAAUAACAGAGAGGUUGAUAUUCUUGCUGCCUUCAUGUGCGCGGUGGGGAAGUCGAAGGAUAAAGGCAAGACAGUAUAG